AUGCCUCGAACUAGUAUCGACAACGAAAGCAUCUUUCUGUCCAGUGCUCAUGUCAGUGCAUUCAAUCCUGAUGAAACCAAGGAUGAUAUUUAUUCUCCGUUAGGUCCAAACUCCAUAUAUGAAUUGACUAUAGGAUCAGAUCUUGCAAGAAUAAGAAGGAAUCGACCACCUAAAUCUUCAGUAACUAUCAAUGGAGGUGUAAACACUGUUUACAACUUAAGCACUCCUUCCACUAGAGACAUACCGCAAAUUCAAUUGCUGAAAUUGAAGAGUAAAGUCACUGACGCUGACCUCUAUGAAAAGUAUGUCAAGAAUGCAGAGCGCGAAUACAAGCAAUUUGAAUCGAGUUAUAAACUCUUGACUGAAGAUACGUUACAGAAAUUUCAGCAACAACAGCAGCAGCAGCAGCGAAUCUCUGCAUCAAGUUCUGUUGAGGAUAUUCAAAUUAUUGACCUGAUUUCAGAUAUUCCAAAAGUAUUUCUUGAUUCAAAUUUCAGAUUGGAUGAUCCAAGAAUAUUUAAACAAGUUAUAGAAGAUACUUCGAUCUUGGGAGAGUCAUCAUUGGUGAAUAAUACCGAUUUACAAGACAAAUUAUCAAAUUAUUUGGAUAUUGUGGAAAUGAAUUUGAUUCAAGAAAUUGGGAAAUCUUCAGAUUCGUUCUUUAAUGCAAUUGGGGAUAUUGAAAAGAUUCAAAUUCAAUCUAAGAGCUGUGUUGAUAUCUUUAAUAAUAUUACGAAAGAACUCGAAGAAUUAGAGCAAGCCCAAUCCAAACGAGGGUUAAAAAUCAUGCACAAAUUAAUAGAAAAGAAAAAUGUCGAGACUUUUGAAUCUACAUUGAUACAAAUUCAGUACAUCACAUCAUUUUUCAACCUUUCUAAUAAGUCUUUCACUGAUGGAAAUUAUGCAAAAUGUCUUAAUGAGAUAGUUGUGGUUGAAAAGUUAUUGCACGGCGUACGUUAUCAAGAUGUCACGGAUCCAGAUUUAAAGAACUUAUACCCAGACUUGCCCAAUUUGGUUGAAUUAACUCAAUUACCUGCAUUUAUUCAUUUACGAAAUGAUUUACAAAGUCUCAAACAUGAAUGUUCUAAGGGAUACACUGAUGAUUUUGUUGAAUUAUUAACAACCGACUUAAGAGACCAUUAUAGAAACGUUGCCACCAAAGAUACCCUUAAUAGAUUAUAUGUUAAUAAGGACAAGACUAAAAAGUAUGCCUCUCGACCAGUCAUUGCCUCUUAUUUGAAUAUUGAGGAAGAGAAAAAGUCAAAGUUGAAGGAAUACGUGAGAGAUUUAGAAAAAGCAGGCAAUUUAUCAGAAGCUUAUUCUACAUAUCAACAUCGAUUCAUUACCGAGAUUAAAGAUAUUAUCAAGCAGAACCUUCCAUCUUCCCAACUGCAGGAAAUGUCACGAACCUCAUCAAGAGCCUCACCUGCUCCUCCCGAUACAGGUAAACCUAACGCAUUAAGUACAAACAUUAAAACGUUAACCCCUCGUGAGUUUGAGAAUAUGUUUUCCAAGACAUGUGCUGAAUUAUCAGAAUGUUUACGAAGAUUAACCGCGCAUCAGAAAUUGUUGCUAGAUGUAGCAUUAACUAGUAUAUCUUCUACAAACGACAUUGAUAUCAUGUCAUUAGAUAUUACCACUGCCAUUCAUAAAGCCAUAGAAUUGACACAAAUUCGAUUAAUGAAAGUUAUAAGUGUUAGGUCAGAACAAACUGCAGAUUUACCCGUCCAGUUCUAUCUAAGGUUAUAUUCCAUAACUUCGUCCUAUCUACAAGAAUGUGAAAUGAUAAACCCUGGUUUUGCAUUUGGUGGCGCCGGUAAUGCCCUUGGUGAAUGGUUUAGCAAUCAUUUAACUUAUUUUGUGCAUAGAUUUCAUAUCAAUUCCAUCAGGGAGAUGUCAACUGAGUGUACUAAGGAAAUUUGGAGAGAAGUCGUUGAUCCCAAGGAGUUGGCCGCUGCUCAACUUGCCAUUGAUGAGUUGAUAGGUUAUGCAACUGGAGAAUCUGGAGACAAAUUGAAUGAAUAUUUUGAUUUUUACGAAGAUAAUGAGAAAGAACCUCAAGAACAGCUAGUUGACGAAACAGUUAGAAAGCUUUCUAUUUCUACUGAUGUAUUCUUGGUUCCUAGUUUGGCACUUAAAAAUGUUUAUCAUAUUCGAGAUUAUAUUGUUAUUGCCAAAGCAUUUCCUAGCUUUGCAUCUACCAUAACUAACAAUUUACUAAACUAUUUCAAGGUUUUGAAUUCGAAGACAUCACAAGCAGUUUUAAAUGCCGGAGCAACAAGAACGGCGGGUUUGAAACAUAUAACCACAAAGCAUUUGGCGCUAUGUAUACAAUUUGUUGAAUUCAAUAUUGGAUUAUUGGAAGCUACAAAGAACUUCUUCCCUCAGGAUACUCAUCAAGAAAAUCCCGAAGAAAUCACAUAUUCACGAAUUUUAAGCAAUUAUAAAGAUCACGAAACUGAACUUUUCUCCAAGGUUGUUACCAUGAUGCAUGAUCGUACGGUGAUGAGAUGUGCUGGCUUACCCAAAAUCAAUUGGUCCGAGCCAAUCAAACACCCACAACAAUGUCAUUCGUAUAUGGAGGAUUUGGUAAAAGAUACAAUCACUGUUGCAAAAGUGUUGACCAAGUAUUUACCGGAGUUAAAAUCAUCAUUGAUCCUCCUGCAAAUAUUUGAUAAUUACAAGAGAUUAUUUGUUGAAAGCUACUGUACUCAAUUACCACCAUUCAAAGAUAUCAAUGAAAAGCAAAAUGUAUUAAAAGAUAUUGAUUAUUUUAGAGUCAAGUUGUUUGAUGUGGGAGGAUAUGGUAAUUCCGGACAAGUCAUUUGGGAGAAUGUUAACUCAAUGACGACUGAAGAAGAGGCCAAAAUGGAAGAAAUAAUGAGACAUAAUAUUCAAGAUGAACAGAAACAAAAGUCACCUCCAUUAAGACCCGAAGCUCCAGCUAGACGUUUCUCAUUCGAUAGAUUAGUGUCUUCAGCUAGAAGUUCCUUUGACCGU